CUGAUACCACCAUUCCAAUCCAAUACCUAUUUCUUAAUCCUACUCACCCCCCGCAACCAAACACCCAAAAACUCAUACACAAACCCUAGCUCCCUCUGCUCCUCAUAUACAAGCAUCUCGUCUCCUCUGUCUCUCUCUCAUCUCUUCAAAACCCUAGCUAAAACCUACCUAACAACGAACCAUGGCUGAGAGAGGCGGAGAACGUGGUGGCUUUGGCAGAGGCUUCGGAGGCAGGGGCCGAGGCGGAGACCGAGGCGGCAGAGGAGGCCGCCGAGGCCGUGGCCGUGGCGGUCGCGAAGCGGAGGAAGAAAAGUGGGUUCCGGUGACCAAGUUGGGCCGCUUGGUGAAGGAUGGCAAGAUCAAGUCGCUGGAGCAAAUCUACCUCCACUCUCUCCCAAUCAAAGAGCACCAAAUCAUUGACACUCUGGUUGGACCAUCUCUCAAAGACGAGGUCAUGAAAAUCAUGCCAGUCCAGAAACAAACCCGGGCGGGUCAACGUACGAGAUUCAAGGCCUUCGUCGUCGUCGGCGACGGCAACGGCCAUGUCGGAUUGGGGGUUAAGUGUUCGAAAGAGGUGGCGACGGCGAUAAGAGGAUCGAUAAUUCUGGCGAAACUGUCAGUGAUUCCGGUUAGGAGAGGUUAUUGGGGGAAUAAGAUUGGGAAGCCUCAUACGGUGCCGUGUAAGGUUACCGGAAAAUGUGGAUCUGUUACCGUGAGGAUGGUUCCGGCACCUAGGGGUGCUGGGAUUGUGGCAGCCCGAGUUCCGAAAAAGGUUCUGCAGUUUGCUGGGAUUGAGGAUGUUUUCACUUCGUCACGUGGAUCCACCAAGACUCUUGGCAAUUUCGUCAAGGCCACUUUUGAUUGUCUGUUGAAGACUUAUGGGUUCCUUACUCCAGACUUCUGGAGGGAGACUCGCUUCACCAAAUCCCCAUUCCAAGAGCACACCGAUCUGUUGGCAAAGCAGACUAAGAUGGUUUUUGUUGAGGAUGCUGCUGAGAGAGUUGAGGCUUGAUUUAUUAGUUUUGGUAAUAGGCCAAAGUAUGUUUUGUAAGGGUUUUCAUUAUAGAAUACUCGGUUUCAAUUUUGAUACACCUUUUUGCUUUUUGGAUAUGUUAUGAUGGAUCUUUAUAUUUUUGGAUCAACUGGUUUAUGCUUGCUUGGUUUUUUAUUGAAUGGGAAAUUGUGUGUAUUAUCCGG